AUGAGUUCAGACGCGAUCAUGCUCGACAGCCCAGCGCAGACGCCCACCCCGAAGAGUCACAAUCCAAGUCAACCUCCACCGGCCACCAACGGCGCGAAUGGCGACGUAACAAUGUCAGAGACAGCAGCGCCUACCAGCUGGCUCAACAAUCAGAAGUGGAGGGACGAGUACGCGACAGUAACCACCAGACUGGAGCAUCGAUCUUUCAAGACUCCCCGCGAUCCCAUGUUUCCACCCAUGGCUCAGAACGUUCCGGGCAUGACCCCAGAGCUGGAUUCCCGCUUGCGGGACCUUGUGGCAAAGCUGAAGUAG